GAACCAUCCUAGCUACUUCGUUUCCUCUUCUUCUUCGUCUCCGCCUAAUUAUUUGACCUAAAUUCGUUCCUUUUAUUUUGAUUUUUCUCUGUAUUUGUUUCAUUUGGGGAGGGGGUUCGAGCUCCGAUUUUCCUUUUCAGGCGCCUCAGGUGUUACUUCAAUCAGAAAAAAGAAAAUGAAUCACUGCGGGGUCCAACAGAACAGUAACUAUUCGUCUUGUGAAGAGAUGAGGAGCUCUGUUUCAGUUUCCUUGUCUUUUGAUAAUGGUGACACUGUGGUAUGCCCAAAGCCUAGGCGGCUCAACCUCUUCAACACCAACAUGAACGAGCCUGUUAGGCCUAUAAGAUGGCAGAUGUGCUACCAACAGGAACCUUAUGAUUCCAAAGCAGGCCCUGAGCUCUUGGACAUCAUCUUUGCAAAGGGUGGUGGUUAUGGUUCAUCAGACCAACCAUGUACACAGGUAGCCUCGUCGCCCCCUUUUUUCUGUGGGUCUCCGCCGAGCAGAGUCUCUAACCCGUUAAUACAAGAUGCUCGAUUUGGGGAUGACAAGAUAUCUCCAAUAUCGCCACACACAAUGAUUCCAAACCCCACAUCCGGUAUGUCGACUUCAUCCCCAUCUUCAUCAGCAAGGAAAGGGGGAUGCCUUCGUGGCAAUUAUGGUAACAAACCGGCUGUGAGGAUUGAGGGGUUUGAUUGCCUUGACAGGGAUAACCGCCGCAAUUGCAGCAUCCCUGCUCUGGCUUGAACCAAACCCUUGAGAUCCAAAAUCAUACUUCCUUCAUCAAGUACAUAGAAAAAGAGUUCAAAAGCAAGUAUUUGAAAAUCGAGAGUAACAAGAGAAGAAAACAUAAAGUCUAGUAAGUUGGUAUUUAAUUUUAGCCUUUUGAAGAGGAAUUUUGCAUAUCUUGAAGAAGAUACAUCCACUCCUUAAUGUAAAUAGGUUUAAGAAGAGGGUAUUUGUCUGUAUGUAAGUAUUUAGAGAGUUAUUAACAAAAAAAAAAUAAUGGUUAGGUUUAAGAUAAUUGGCUUCUCUCCUGGUGAUGAUUUGUAAUUAUAAACUAUCGAGGGGAGUGGCUUAUGGUUUCAGAGUCGUUGGUAGCCAGAGGUUUGCGACUUUAUACAAGGAAAAAUCUGUAUAAAUUUUUAAAGUCGUGAAUUUUAGCAUUGUAAAUACCUACAUGUAAUACCUACCUAAUGUUAUUUAUAUAUAUAUAUAUAUCCAAUUUGUCCUUUGGUUAAAA